CGAAGCCAAAGAACAUGGCGUGGCCACGCGCCUUCGUGUGACACUUACGCUUUCGCCACACUCCCCCCUGUUUCCUCUCUCUUCUGCCCUAAUUUUAAUUCCAUCCCCAAAAUUAAAACUGUUCCGUUUCUCAUUUCUACUAAUUCUCGUGUUUUUCUUUUAAUUGAAAAUAAUGAUCUUUCUCCUUUCACCUUGAUUCACGACACAAAAGUAUUUCGCAAUUUCCAAUUUCUUCCUUCAGAAUCGUUUCACACCGAGUCCACCACAACGUGGAAUUACAAGGGAGAAGGGAUCAAUUUGGAUUAGAAUUCAUUGCAUAUUCAAACAGGGGGUUUUGCUUUAUCAAUGGAAAUUCUGUUGCUGGAGGAGUGUGUACGAGCUUAGUUAGUUGGUUUUGUUAUAAGUGGAAAUGGGAUCUGAGAAUCAGACUCCGAUGACUGAGACUUCAAAAAACAGGUCUUCUGGUAAUACAAACCAGGGGAAAGUCCCUAAGAGGAUCCACAAGGCUGAAAGGGAGAAAAUGAAGCGGGAACAUUUGAAUGAGCUCUUUCUUGAUCUUGCCAAUGUACUUGAUCUAAAUGAGCAGAACAACGGAAAGGCUUCUAUAUUGAACGAAACUGCUAGGCUGCUAAAGGACUUGCUCUGUCAGAUUGAGUCCCUCAAGAAGGAGAACUCGUCUCUAUUGUCUGAAUCUCACUAUGUUACCAUGGAGAAAAAUGAGCUAAAGGAGGAGACUUCCAGUCUAGAAACUCAAAUCGAGAAACUUCAAGUCGAGAUACAAGCGAGAGUAACUCAGUCUAAACCUGACCUGAAUGCACCUCCCCACGUGGAAAUCGAGCAAUCGGAGCAGGCAAAUUUUACGGGGCAGAGUCUCCAAUUCCCUCCCAUGGAACCCAACUUGCAGCAAGGACCUGCAGUUUUUGUUGUCCCCUAUCGCCCUGGUUUCCAAGCUGCUUUCUCAGCUCCUAACGUCGCUGAGGUCACUCCAAAACCUUCAUCUGCCAUCAGUAAACCGCAUGCCCGGUAUCCAACGCCAGCAGAUUCAUGGCCUUCAUUGCUGCUUGGACAGCAACCAACCUCAAGUUGAACAGGUUAAAACUAAGAAUGUUCACGGUUUCGUAUGGAAAUCCUUAAACCAUGGUAGGGGAAACCAAUUGUAGAGUCCAUAGUUUCAGUGUUGGUAUGACCUGCCAAGUAAAUUUCCCAAUAGAUAGCUACGCUGCUCUGGAGGGUUAAUGUAUAUGUUAAUUAUAUAUGUGAAAAUGGUCUAUGAGAAUUUUACUCACUUCUGUUAUUCCUUUAUAACCUUUGGAACUUUUGAGUAGAAGCUGGUUCCUUUUCCAUUUCCUUUCCUUUGAAAAAGCCUACUAAAUACUGUGUUGUUUUUGACUUGGGACCAUGACUGGUGAGUGGUGACUAAGAACAUGAACAAGGAAAAAAGAAAUAUUGAUUUGGUUCUCUUGUGUAUUUGCUCCGCUGUCAGCAUAAAAGGAGAGAACAAGCGAACCCUGUGACCACUUCUGUAGUUCUUUUCAUUACUCCACUUCUUGGGUUUGGCUCAAUUAUAGUUGAAUCCUAUGACAUUUUUUUAGCUCGUAAAGUAUCAACUCUUACUU